AUGGGUCACAUGCAUGGUCAAUGGUCAUGCUGCGGUCCACAUUUAGCUGCCGUUGCUGCUACUGAUGCUGCACCAUGGAAUUUCAAAAUGGACAUUAAUUACGAUGCUUACGUAUGGGAUUGUAGUCCAUCGACGAAUUAUCCAGAUCAGUUGUAUACGAAUGUUUCAUGCCUGUUAACAGGUAGUUGGUCAUUAGAUAGAAUCACCUUUCAACUAACAGCAAUUCCUGCGAAUUUACCAGCAUUGAUGGCUACGUAUACGAUGAAAAAUCAAAAACCAGAAACCGUGAUGUUUUCAGCUGAGGGAAAUUGGGCUGCGACAGUGCCAGUUAAUCGAAAUUCAAAUCCGGGCUCGUACAAUAUCAAUGAUAAAUUAGAGUUCUCAUAUGGUGGUCGCAACUACACACAUUAUUUUGGUUAUGGUACGAAUCCUCAUUGUCCAAGAUGUUAA